CACAUGCACAUCGAGUAAAUCUCUGAGAGACUAAUCCCAACAUUAAUUUAUAUGGGGCGCUUUCUAAGAGAAAUUUAACAAGAUUUGAAAUACGAGACUUUCGAGGUCAUUAAUAUUUGUUUUCUCAACGUAAAAUUCUUCUGAAAAUCUUAAUUAUAUUUAUAGCCGAUGAACAUGAUUUUUAAAUAAUUUCAUGAUCUCAAAAAACUUUCUUACUACAAAAUUAACGAUUUCGAACUUUAAAAGGGUUUGGAAAAAGCACACAAAAAGUAAAUAGUACUAACCCUCCCUCACAAAAAACUCAACAGUACCCACUUUUCCCUCCACAGGACAGAGCGAUCGAACCACCGAAUUAAAACCCCUCACAGAGAAUGAGACAAACAUUCGUUUUCAAAAAAACCCUAAUUCUCUCCCUCCCUCUCUCUCUCUCUCUACCUACACACAGGCAGCAGUGAGCACGCACGCGUCUCGGAGCUGAUUUCUCUCUCUCUCUCUCUCUAAACCUCGAUUGUGUGAUCAUAAGGCGGCAGGCAAAGGUGAGUCUCCUCUCAUCAAACAUGCAUCGCUUCAAAUCAGCUUUUUCCUCUGUAGCUCUUCUGCUUUAUCAUUUCUAGCUAACCACGUUCUCUGCCAUUCUUGUCCACAACCUCCUCUUCCAUCUCUCUGUACAUUGUCGCCUCUUCUCUCUCUCAGAGCUAAUUGCGCUGGAUUCUGCUAUUUCAAUGCUUCCUUGAAUAUUGCUGUGUGUUGUUCUUUUGUCUGUCUUUUCCGUUUCCAUACAAAGCAUUAACUCCUUCUCCACGAUUUCGAGAAAUUGCACUCAGAGCCUUGUUUCCACUCUUACAAUAUGAGAGAGAUGAUUCGAAGGCGAUGCACAUGGCCGUCGACGCGGUUAUUUUGAGGCAAGUCAAACUUAGCUAGUCUCGAGUCUCAUGGAUUCUGCCUGACCAGUAAUCGUUCAUCGCCAUGGCUGUUUCGGCUGUACUUCUUUUUUUCUGAUUUGAAAUAGUUUUAUGAAUAUACGUCUCUCUCUCUCUCUGUCUCAAAAUCCAUGAGAAUCAUGAGCGAGGAGUCAACUCGUGAGUCACGCUUUUAGAAAAAAGAAAAAGAAAAGAAAUAAAACUCGUGAGUCAUGAGUCUAUCAAAGGAUUUUUGCCUAAAUCAGUUGUUCAUCGCCAUGGUGACUUUGGCGGUGUUUAUGUUUGAUUGUUUUUGAUACGUUUUCAAAAUAUAAAUGCGUCCAGAAUCAUCCAUAAAUGUGCACAGAUUCAUGAUUCAUGUUUGAUUGAUUUGGCUACGAUUUGAUUCCUCUCUUUAACUCCAACGGUUCGGUCCCCUCUCUCUCUGUCUCUCUAGCUCGAAGAUAAGGCGGUGUACGAUUCGGCAACCUCCGCUUCCGAGUCAAACUCGCUGACUCGCGGAUCAACUCGGUUGCUCUCUCUCGAAGCGGCUGCGAGAAAUCACUGUUUCAGCUGGUCGAUUGGCUCGUAUCCGUUUCUGUAAACACCUUUAGGCGUUAGUAAUCAUCGGCUAUGAGGACUACUACUCCACCAUCAUCAUCAUCAUUAAGGCGGCGGAGAAUCGCUUUGGUCGCGGCGACGAUCGCGCUUGGAAUCCUCCUCCUCAUGAUUGCGCCCCAUACAGGUCCUCGUUCUGGUCAACGUUCUGUACAGAUUUUGAAUCCUGUGGCGUCCUCUGUGGGAACCAACGCCACUCUCUCUCUUCCUCAUCGCAAGCUCCUCCAACGUGCAGCAGAAGUGGAACCAAACCGAAUCUGGGGAGACAAGUGUUCGAAAUCAGACAUAGUGAUUAACCAGGGCCCCACCCCGCCCCUCCCCAGCGGCAUCCCCACCUACACGGUCGAGAUCAUGAACGUCUGCAUCUCCGGCUGCGACAUCGCCGGCAUCCACCUCAGCUGCGGCUGGUUCAGCUCCGCCCGCCUAAUCAACCCCCGCAUCUUCAAACGCCUCCGUUUCAACGACUGCCUCGUCAACGACGGCAAGCCUCUCGUUAACGGCAACACCAUCUCGUUCCAGUACGCCAACACCUUCCACUACCCGCUCUCCGUCUCCUCUGUCGUCUGCCGAUGACAUACUGAUCACACUGGAGACCAAAAACAGAUACACGGGAUCAUACAUAUGAAGCUUUAAAGCAGAACUAUAUAUAUCUAUCCCUCUUAGAUUUUUGUCAUCUUGCUUUAUUGCUUUAUAUGUUUGGUCCUCUGAGGAUUUUUGUUUUUUUGGGAGAUGUCAUGCUCAUGUAAAUGACAGAGAGACAAGAGUAUACUGAGUUUUUGAGGGUCUAUAAUUAGUUGGAAAUUAUCUUAAUAGAUAGAUGAGAAAUUAUUCGGUGAUCCAGGACUAACGGUACUAGAGUCCUUACGAUUAUACAAAUUUGUGGUUUCUACGUAUGUAUUUGUAUGAAGCGUAAAGACUCUGAAAUCAUUGAUUCCGGAUCAUUGAAUAACUUUUCGGAAAGAUUGAGGGAGGUAUAGAGUUUCCAUUUGGGUCCAAGGUUCAUGGAUUUGAGGGGUUUUGGUGGGAUGGGUGUUUAUCAGCUUCCAUCUCUUGAUAUUUUUGGUGAU